UGAUCGCCGAUAAUCGCGUUCGUUGUCGAGAUAACAAUUGAUAGAACAUGAGACUCGCUGUCGGUCUUUUUCUCAUUCUGUGGAACGAGAUGUUGUGGAACACCGGAAGCGCCAGCGAGAAGCAUCAUCAUCACGUGCACUUCAAGAUUCACGUGCCAGAGAUUAUAAAUCACAAGAUUCACACGAAGACGGUGUUCAUACACGUACACAAGCCGGACUUAUCGGUACCGAAGAAGAAACCCAAGCACAAGGAAGAAGCGCCGAAGAAGACGUACCACAAGGAAUCGCAUCACGACUGGAGUUCCUGGAGCGCUUACGAUUACAACAAUAAUCACGAAGAGGAUUCGGGCAAUGAUCUGUCCGAGGGUUACAGGAACGACGACGCGGCAAACAAAGAGAUGACACAUAAGAACAACAAUCCUUCCGUCUCGCCGCUUUACAGAGAUUCUUACAUGCCGCAUCACGACGACGAGUCCAAUUAUCUCAAGGGAAAACACGGCGACAUGAUUGGAUAUUCGUAUCCUCCGCAGUACUCGGUGCAAGAAAAUGUCAAAGAAACGGAUGAGAAUGACGUGGAACCCUACGUGCACAUGUACGAAGAGGGUUAUCACAAAGGAGGUGAGUCCGCGAUCGGACACACUGUCUCGAACGAUGUGACAAAGUUCUACGAUAACAAGCACGAGGAAGGUGGUCACUCCGUUGAGGACUAUAAAAAUGAAAAAAAUGAAUCGAGAGAAAAAACACACGCCGGUCGUUACUUCGUCGACGAUUCGGAUUAUCAGCACAAGAAUAAUAAGUACGAGGCGAAGAAGCGCAUGUUUUCGAAAAAGUGGUUAUAAAAAAUUAUUAGAUACACAUGCGAAGAGAGAGAGAGAG